GUUUGGGCGUAGACUAAUAAAUAUUCCAUCUACAAAACUGUUAUGCGAGUCCAAACAUCAAACACCUUAUAGGCGCUAAAAUGGAGACAUCUUCUUCCACAUCGUAUACUGCGGAGACUGUCCUUCGAACCCUAAUCACCAGAGGCUGGUCUUUCCGCGACAUUGAUCAAGUCAAAUUACUCCUUUCAGCUCAAGCUAGCUCGCCCACCAUUGAUUCAAUCGAAUCAGAACUUAUCAAUUUGGACUUGCGAUCCAUCGGCGGCAAAUCAUUACCAGACUCUUCUUCUCUUCGCAAACUUUCUCAUCUCCGGGGCCCUUUAGUCCUUCAAAUAUCUUCUGUUAGAGAUAUAUCUUGCAGCAAAAUGACUGAGAGUUCAGGAAAUACAAAAAAUCGGCGUCUUUUGAGAUUGAAGCUCACUGAUGGACACUCUGAAGUAACUGCUAUAGAGUACUCUUACAUACCGACAAUUCCUGAUGAUGUUAUACCUGGCACUAAGGUCCGCUUGGAAAAUAAAACUGUAGUUCGUAGUGGUAUUGUAUGUUUAAAUGCCAAAACAAUUGUUGUUCUAGGUGGUCUUGUUGAGUCACUUUAUGAGGAAUGGCAAAUGAACCAAAAAUAUUCAGGUGUACCGCGCUCAUCUUUGAGACAAUUGCAAGAAGAAGGCUAUUCUGGUCCUCCACCAUUUGAAAAGUUGCAAGUUAGAGCUUAUCAACAGAACCUUGCUCAGCAGAAGAGAGAUUCCCAGUUUUCCAUGUCUUCCUCUAAAAGUUCUGUAUACAAACCUACUGGAAAAAAUGAUAGUUCUAUGACCCCCCAGAUCCAUAAUGAUUCAAGGAAUGAUACCAUGAGUGAUGAUCUGAAGCAACCUACUCAUUCUGAAAAAAAUGAAGAAAAGCCAACCAGCUCUGAAGCAAGACCAAAAGAAGUUGCAGAAUCUUUUCCUGUUCAAAACCAAGCAGCUUCACAAAAACUGCUUCAGAAAAUGAGCCAGCCUACCAGGGGUAAUCAUCGCACAAGAGGUCAAAGACAUAGGGGGAAGGGAAAAGAAGAAGACUCACAUCUUCUUACUCUUGAUGAAUGGGAAAGGAGUAAAACAGGAAACUUUUCAGGAACUCAAAAAAUUUCUGAUAUUAGCCAGGACGAGGAUCUUGCAAGGCAGCUUCAAGAGCAGUUUGAUUUGGAAGAUGUUCAUGUACAAAAAGAUUCUAGCACAACAGAUGCAGAAAAUAUAAGGCUGAGCAUGUUCAGAUUUGACAGAGAUGAUGCAAGAGCUCAUGGCACAACGGGGUUUAGAGGAAGAGGAAGGGGAAGAGGAAGAGGAAGGAGGGGGGGAGGCAGAGGGAGAACUUGAUUUUGUUAUACCGUUCAGCCUCCUGUCAUGUUUUCUCAGGUCUGUCUUUUAUGACAGGCAAUUUGUAUACAUGAAAACAAUCCAACAUAUACAAACAUUUCAAUCUCAAUGUUGGCAAGCAUUUGUUGCAUUUCCUUGCAGUUGUUUAUUUUCAUCUGGAAGCUUAGUUAACACCAAAAAUGAAGGACAGGCUGGGUUUCUCCACCAUCCUAUUUGGCUAUCUCACUGGUAAUUGACUUGGUUACUCGUCUA